ACAAAGGGUCGCAUUAUGAGUCAGGCAGGACGAUGAUUUGGCUGCGGAAUAUAGGCGUAUUUUCCUCACCCUCUGUGAACCUCAGUAACGACAAAUGUGACUGACUGCUACAUACGCAUGGCGUGAUGUUGUUUCUGUGUUUCCUUAAUGUGAUCGUCUUAGUGCCCGUGGCCUUCACAGAACCCUGCAGCAAUGACACAGCAGUUAACGGGUCAACUGCAGCAGACUGCACAAACUACACCUCAACGACUGACCUCACCACUUCAGCUUUUGACACCAACACUUCAACACCUGACACCGUGACGUCACCAUCCGACACCUCCACAACUGAUAUCUCCCUCUCAACGCAAAUCACCUCGUCAGCGCAAAACAUCAUAGCCUCCAACUCGACUCCUUUGUGGCCGGCGUUUGUCAUAUAUGGCGGUAUCAUCGGCGGACUGUCCCUGGUCGUGUUUGUUGUUGUCUGUGUCUUCUGCAUGUGUCGGUACUGCAGACACAAGAGCGACGACGAGGCCGUUGUUACAACGUCGGUGCCCCUCACCUCGGUUGUAUCCACAAAAACAAAUGGAUAUGAUUCUAAUCCUACCAAGGCUGUAACGCAUCCCACAAAUUCAUCAGCAUCCUGGAAUGUACCACCACCGCCUCCACCACCACCGCCACCGCCACCGCCACCGACGCCCCCACCAUACAGCAAAUAAUGAGUACUGCAUUUUUGUCAUUUUUUCGACACAUGCAGUAGUAUUUGCCCAGGUUCGGGGACACAAAUAUUUGACAUGAGACGAUUAAUAAUCGCUCUUAAGCAACACCGUGUAUACCUAAUCGACUUUAGGUAUUACCAUUUUUAGAGUUGACGUUUUAUUCUUGCAUAUAAAAAGGUAUCUUACAAUGAUGAUAAAAAUGUCGUCAUGUGUUUUAUGUAAUGAGUAGUUACACCCUGCCAAGUGUAAACAACAAAAAUGGCUGAGUAUUAAUAAUCCUUUUUGCAUUGAUCCAGCCUUCUGGUUGGUAGUACAUCAUAAUUAUAAUGGACGUAAUCUAAUGACCUAUAUACAUAAUGAAAUGAGUACUUUUUAGAGUAAAUAUUUCACAAUCAUGUCCACCCAAUUGUCUAAAAAUAAUUUCAUUAUUUUUUAAACACAAUACAGUCACAAGUAAUGUGUCUUAAAUACACAAGGGUGCAACGUCAGUCAGUUGUUUUCAUGAACCCCAAAAAAGCUAGCUAUCGUUUUAUGUCCUUGUCGAAUGUCAAUAAUACGACCCAAGGUAUGGAAAUGUUUUUAAAUGUCGAAUAAUUUCACCUGUCGUUGUUUUUAGGCGUGUACUUCCUUGAUAUCCCGUUGCUUGAUAAAGCACUAUAUUUACACUUUCCGAUUUUCCUUAUCUAGAGUUGUCAAUCAUGCGUUCACGAGAUUAUACUUCCUCCAUUAAAACCUUAAUGCAGUUUUGAGUUCAUUUUGUAAAAUCAGCGAGCCAGUUUGCACAGCAGGAGAAGCAUGUUAUCUCGCGGUCCUUGAAACCGUUGAACACACGCAGGGCGCUAUAAUGUCAUCUGAACUUCAAACCAAGCUGUGCUAGGUUUGAAAUGCAGUUAGCAAGGUAUGUGUAUUAACUGCACAAUGUGUGUGACUCAAAGCUACCACUCAGUGAAACGAUAUCUAUUGUAACAAUAGUAAUAUAUAGAUCCUGGUAUGGGUAAGGUCAUUCUAUGGAAAUACAGCUUUUACACCGAGAGUGACGCUUAGUUACGAAAAGUGGUCACCAGUGAUAAGGGUGUCAGCAUAUGCACUGAAACACAUGCAUGGUAACACAAAGUUUUAUUUUCCAUUCUAGAGUUCGAUGAUCCCGAAAAUGAUUUAAGAGAUUAUUUUGUUCACCACGAACAGUGCAGCAGACUCAGUGAAAAUCCAGUUCAGAUUUAUUUUAUAAACGACUUAACAUCUGGAGGCAAUGACAUGUUUUAUGUGAAAUAAUAUAGGGAAGUCAAAGGAUCAUAUCUAGAGCCAAUCAAGUGGUAUAUGGAAGUCAAAGGAUCAUGUUUUGAGUCAAUCAAAUGAUAUAUGGAAGUCAAAAAAUCAUAUCUAGAGCCAAUCAAAUGGUAUAUCGACGUCAAAGGAUCAUAUCUAGAGCCAAUCAAGUGGUAUAAGAGUCAAAGGAUCAUAUCUAGAGCCAAUCAAAUGGUAUAGGGAAGACAAAGGAUCAUAUCUCGAGUCAAUCAAAUGGUAUAUGGAAGUCAAAGGAUCAUGUUUUGAGUCAAUCAAAUGAUAUAUGGAAGUCAAAAGAUCAUAUCUAGAGCCAAUCAAAUGGUAUAUCGACGUCAAAGGAUCAUAUCUAGAGCCAAUCAAGUGGUAUAAGAGUCAAAGGAUCAUAUCUAGAGCCAAUCAAAUGGUAUAGGGAAGACAAAGGAUCAUAUCUGGAGUCAAUCAAAUGGUAUAUGGAAGUCAAAAGAUCAUAUC